AAACCCCGUGGCGCCGCCGGGCCGUGGUCUUCCCUGAUGGCGGCCACCUCCACCUCCCCCCAUUCCGCCGCCGCCGCCACCAACAUCGACGACCUCCACCACUUCCUCCGCCGCACUCUCCGUACCCACUCCGCCGUCCUCUGCGCUCACGCCUUCCUUCUUCGCCGUGGCCUCCUCCUCGGCCACCCCGUCCCCGCCGGCCUCCUCCUCACCGCUUCCGCCUGCUCCGCCGCCUCGCCGCCCGCCCACCUCCUCCGACUCCUCCUUCGCCACCUGCCCCCUCCGCUCCCUCUCUUCUCCCUCGACGCCGCACUCCGCGCCCUCGCCCCGCGCAUCCCCUUCUCCGCCCUGCUCUCCCUCUUCGCUGCACUCCUCCGCUCCCACCACCCGCUCUUCCCCGAUCGCUUCUCCUUCCCGCCUCUUCUCUCUGCAGCAGCAUCCGCAGCCUCCCCGCGGCUCCACAUCCCAUCUGCGCUCACCCUCCACGCGCAACUCCUCCGACGCGGCCUCCUCUUCUCGCCGCCGCCCCACGCUGCCAACGCACUCCUCCACUUCUACGCUGCCGCCGGCCGCCUCCCGUCCGCCUGCCACCUGUUCGACGAAAUGCCGUUCAGGGACAUCGCGUCCUGUAACACCCUGAUGACGGCCUUUGCUGGCACAGCGGGUGGCAUUGAUGCCGCGCGCCAGGUGUUCGACCGAAUGCUCCUGAGAAAUGUAGUGUCAUGGAAUGUCAUGAUCAAUGGGUAUGUAAAGGCAAAACGGCCUGAGCAGGCGCUGGAGGUGGUCCGAUGGAUGGCAAAGGUAGGAGUGAGGGGGACAGCGACAACCAUGGUUGGGGCAGCCACGGCGUGUGCUAGGCUAGGGAGGCUGGGGGCUGGGAGGGAGGUGCACUGCGCAUUUUUGCGCCGUUUUGAGGAUGAUAACCUGUUGGUUUGGACUGCAUUGGUGGAUAUGUAUAGCAAGUGUCGGAGGGUCGGGUCUGCGAGGAAGGUGUUUGAUCACCUUGGCAUUAGGAAUCUGGUAUGCUGGAACACAAUGAUCAUCGGACAUUGUGUGUAUGGUGAACCUGGUGAUGGGAUCAAACUGUUCCAUCAGAUGAUCGGACCAGGGAAGGUGCAGCCAGAUGGAGUCACUUUCAUUGGUGUCCUCUGUGCCUGUGCCCGUUUAGGCCUCUUGGAUGAUGGGAGGGCAUAUUUUGAGCUAAUGAGCACCACGUACAAGCUCAAGCCAACAUUUGCGCACUACUGGUGCAUGGCCAAUCUAUAUGGGAGUGUUGGGCUUCUGGAAGAAGCUGAGGGCCUCUUGCAGAGUGUCCCUGAGGAUCUUAAGGCACGGGCAUUGGGCGGUUUGCUUGGGCUAUGCCGGUUCCGGGGGGGAUGGGGAAUGGGGGAACGGAUUGCCCUCAGAUUGAUUGAGCUAGAACCAAACAACAAUGCUCACUAUGCACUGCUUUGCAGUGUGUAUGCUGCCGCGGGGAGAUGGGAAGAAGCCCACAGAGUGAAGGCUACCAUGAAGGAGAGACAUGGGAGUUUCAGCCCUGGAUAUCGUCUGGUAAACUUAAAUGAGAUCAUUCAUGACUUCAGAGCUAGGGAGAAGCAACCUGAGAACCAGGAGAUAUAUGCCAUCUUGGAUGACUUGGUGACAAGGCUUAAGUUGGGCUGUAAAGAAAAUGAGCAAAGUGAUUUUGGAACAAAAUAGCUCAAACACCCACCCACGGUGGUUUUGGAGCUGCAUAGUUUUUGAAUGGGCAGCUUCAGGAGGUCAAGAUAGGCAGGGCUUGAAGAAGCACAUCUUCAGAUGUACUAUUUGUGCAUAACCAGUUGAAGAGUAUGCUUGUUGUGACAAGCGUUUAGGGUGGUUGUUUGCACCUGUUGGCAUAUGCAACCUUGUGUGGUUGUCUGAUCCAUCCAGCAACUUGGCUGUUCCAUGGGAGGAAGUCUUAUGGUGGCAGCUUGGAGGAAAGUUGAGGUGUUAUCAGGAUGGGCUGGAUUUCGUUGCAGCUUGUCAGCUACUUGCACGUGGACAAUGAGAUGACCACUUGUGUGUGCUUAAGAAGAUGAAGGAAGCAGAAGCAAGGCUUAAGGGGACUGGUCUGAUAUUAUUGGCCAUACGUUUAAAUACCUGAGAUUCUGUGGUUACAUGAUGGAGGGUACAGUCAUGAGAUUUUCCAUUUUGUUUCCCCCUUUUUUCCAUUGACUGGCUCCGGUAGAGUAUCUUUUAGUUUUGACAUUUUUACAACGAGAAGCUAGCAUUGUCAAGCAUGGUCGAUAUGGUGUCCACCUGGAUGAUGCCAUUUUGAGCCAUUAAUUAAUUGUUGUAGGAGAAAAAAAAUAGAGAAUGAAUAAUCAGUCACACUAUUCUUUGUAGCUAUGCUUUUUACUGUUGGCCCUUCUAUCAGAGCACAUAUUGUUUCCUUGUGGUGGAUCAUAGUUUCCAAGGAUCGGAUGGUUCAUAGAAUUUUUCCUUGUGUGCAUCUUUUAACUAAAUUAUUGAUGUGAGUGCUUCUUGGAACAAUAUCCCUAAAAGACGAGAUGUGCUUCUAGAGGCAUUUGGAUAUGUUUGCCCGUUACAAAGGGUAUGAUUAUGUAUAUAUCAUCUUGUUGCUACAUAAUCGGAAAACUUCUAUAGUCCUGCUUAUGCAUGGUUUGCCGUCAAACUUAGUUCACCAAUCUUUUGGCAUCCAAUAGCUAAAAGCCAAUCUUAGGAUGUGCCUGGGCAGCAAAUGCCACAUCUUUCAGCACUCGACGGUCCAAUUCACCAUGUUCAUAACACACAGGUUGGAAUGCGGGAUACAAGUAAAAUUAUAGCGACUUAGUUUUUAUAUUAAAUAAAUAAUUGGGAGAUUAUUCGUGCAUGGUCUGAACUGCAAAUAAAGUUUAUCAAAUUUGUAGUAGUAGAAAGGUUCUUUCUUGGAAGUAGUGAAUUUGUGAAAGGUUACUUUUGCGGUGGUGGAGGACAUGUUUUUCAUUUAUCUAAGUUCUGCUGUUCAUUUUUUUAUUUGAAUUAACUUGUAGCAUUUUGAACAGCAGAGAGUGCAAGAGUGGUCAAUAAUACAUUAGCAAAUGGUACAACAGUAGCUAGUGGAACAACAAUAUCAACACCUAGCUGGCAUGACCUCCAGAUCUAUGGUGUUGUGAUUGCCAUAUUGCUCUAUUUUAUUGUAUUUGGCGGUGUCAAAACUAUCAACAAGGUCACACCUGCUUUCUUAAUACCAGUCCUUUUCUCAAUUUUCUGCAUUAUUAUUGGCGUCUUUAUUGCACCAGGGUCUGAUGCUUUAAGUAGUCCUUUGACUAUCAUUUUGUUGAACAUUCUUUUUUGACUUUUUCCUAACUAGAGGGGAUCACUGGGUUGAGUAUAAUUACACUUUGGACAACUGUAGUUCAGACUACCAACCUACAAACAAUGCUGGAGUACCUGAUCCAAAUGGAUCGUCGAUAUAUUGGGAUUUUAAGUGCAUCCUUUUUCUCUGCUACUUAUUCUCGCCUUUUGAUCCUUCCAAUUAGUGACAUAACAAUGUGAUUUAUUCAUCCUUUUUAAUUCUCUUUAAGCAAUGCACACAUACUAACAAGUUUAUGUUUCCGUUUCAGUGCAUUAUUUGAGUAAUAUAAUGAUUAUGCCUUUUUUAUUGGUUAUUUAAGUGUGGUGUUUGUUGGUCUUAUCUAUAAAAUAAAACUUUCCCAGUGCUAGUUUGUCCAUUGUUUGUUGUUUAAUUGCUCUAAAUUGUGCAGUAUAGUGAACAAAAUUACACCAAAGAACUUGAUCUACUCAAGGGUCAACUAAUGGGAGCUGGAAUCACUACUGCUGAUAUUUUGAAGGAUGUUAUUUCUCUAAUAUUUGAGAAGGAAAAUUUUGAGCCUACCUUCUGUCCGAUGUAUGCUCAACUUUGUUCUGAUCUCAAUGACAAGCUCCCAUCAUUCCCUCCUGAAGAACCAGGUGGUAAAGAGAUCACAUUGAAACGUGUGCUAUUGAAUGAUCGUCAGGAAGCCUAUGAAGGUGCCAGCAGCCGAAGAGCUGAGAUUGCAAAAUUAACUGGUCCUGACCAAGAGACAUAGUGAAGGGACAAUGAACUGUCAUCCAAACUUAGAACAUUCGGUUAGUUAGUGAGCUACUCAAGCAAAAAAGGGUUACUGAGAAAAUAGUUCAUCACAUUGUUAUGGUAUAUGGUACGUAUCAGGAUGCCUCGACAGGAGGAGAUUAAGGCUAAGACAAUCAGUGGAAUUCACUGAGGCUGAAAAGAAUCUUGGUUUACGACCUGGAACAGCAGCAGUCAUUAGGAAUGGUCGUAGUUCACCAGGAGGUUUCCAAUGAAUCUGCCAGGAACUGGAGGUAUGGUGCCUGGAAUGCCUGGGUCAAGAAAGAUGCCUGGAGUGCCUGGGUUAGAUAAUGAUAACUUGGAAGUUCUGUGUUCUAGAUCAAUGCCAAGAGGCAACUCACUUCGCAACCAGAGUCUGUUGCUUAAUAAGCCGUCAACAGUUCACAAGGCAUCAUCUAUUAACUCUAGGCUUCCUCGUCAAGCCAGUGCAGCAGCACUGAUUGGCAUGAGUGCACUGUUCCCAAGGAGUAUUUUGGUAUAGGUAUUUUGGAUGAAGCGCAACAAUAUAUCGAGGAGUUGCAGAGUCAUGGUUGCUACCCUGCAAUCGUUAAGGAAGCUAUCAAUCUCGCCCUAGGUAAAGGUACCAAUUUUUGUUGAUACUCUUGUUAGGCUACUGGAGCAUCUAUACACAGAAAAAUUUCAAGGCUCAAGACCUGGAAACUGGAUGCUUGCUAUGAUGCUUAUAACUUGGUCAAAUUAUUGCUCGUCUGACUUUGUGGUGCGGCUUGAGAUUUGAAGCUGUGGAGGAGGUUUUAAAGAAAAUGGAGGAUACCUUCUACCAUAAGACAAUUUUUAAUGCCUUCAUGAAAACCAUGGAAGCAAACCCGUCAGGUCAGGCUAUCUUGGAUUCACAUGCUGCUGUAAUCAACGCCUGCACCAGCUUUUUGGAAUAAUUGCUCCCAGCAGUUUAUGGCCUAUAUCUUUUCUGGAUGCUAUAUCUGGUUCGGGGGCAGCAUUGUGUAUUAUCGUAAUAGUUUAGGUGUCCAAGGAACUCUACCAAAGAUGCGAGGAACAGCCAGGUUUGAGCAGUAUAAUUUUGCAAGAUCGGAUGAGUGUUGAUUAUUAUUGUUUUGGUGAUGAUGAAUGGAAAGAAGGAAACCAUAGGUUUUGCUCUUGGGCGGCAAGCUUAAUUCGCUGGAGCCCGAGAUGAACAAGGUUGAAUGUGAUGUUUUUGUGCCCACCUCUUAAAUCUUGUUAGUUCUUUUUCUGUGACUACACGUUUUGUAACAAUGUACGUUCGUGGUGGCUGCUUUAGCCUGCGAUGGUGUCAUGUGGCCCUGAAUUUCCCUGCUGUUAACUGAA